AUGCUGAAAUCCAAUGGGAGCGGAUUACUCAGCGGCUUUCCCUACGCCGAGCUGGCGGAUGAGCGCACACAACACUGGCCGUUGGUUGCUUCACCUUGGCAUGCACUUGCCGUGCUGACCUUGUAUUUGUUGUUGGUCUACUAUGGACCCAAAUGCAUGCACAGUCGCAAGCCUUGGCAGCUGCGUGGGCCGUUGUUCAUUUACAAUCUUUGCAUGUCCCUGCUGAAUGGCUACAUCUGCCUUGAACUUUAUUCCGCUGCGCGUAAACUCAACUACAGCGCCAUCUGUCAGCCAUGUCGUGUAAGCUUUGAUCCGCAAGAGUUGCGCCUAGCGCGAGCGUUUUGGUGGUUCUACAUAACCAAAGUUUUCGAAUUUGCAGAUACUUGCUUUUUUAUUUUACGCAAAAAACAAUCACAACUCACAUUUUUACACAUUUAUCAUCACAGCAGCAUGUUUAUCAUCUGCUGGAUAAUUAUUAAAUGGACGCCCACUGGCUCCACCUUUAUGCCCGCCGCGUUAAACUCAUUUGUGCAUAUAAUUAUGUAUGCUUAUUACUGCCUAGCAGCAUUGGGAUCACGCUUUAGGCGCUAUCUUUGGUGGAAGCGUUAUUUAACCGCAUUGCAAUUGCUGCAAUUUGCCUUGGGCCUGGCUUGGGGCGCGCAAGCCAUCAUCAACAAGUGUGAAUAUCCGCCCUGGCUAUGUUACUUGGGUACGACGUAUAUGUUACCGUUUCUUUAUCUCUUUGGACGCUUUUAUGCACAAAAAUAUACAAAAACC